UUCCUCUUGUUCUCCGCAGAAAUUCUUCCCUUCCCACAGGAGGAAUGUUUCGGACUACGGAAGCGACGUUUCAAGCUCUGGAAACUCACCGGAGCUGCUGCACCAUGCUGACAGGUUCCGACACAGGAGAACCGGGUCCAAUCUAAGCGGAGACUUUCUCCAUCCUCACACUUUGGAAAAGGCCGGAAUUCUCAACAAAACAAAGGUCGCCGACAAUGGGAAGAAACUGAGGAAAAACUGGGCCCAGUCGUGGACAGUUCUCCAUGGAGGGAUACUCACUUUUAACAAGGACCCCAAAUCUCAGCAGAGUGGAACAGCUAGCAAGACGAAUCAGAUUGUUCCCGAGUACACUGUAGAGCUGCGAGGAGCAACGAUAUCCUGGGCAGGAAAAGAUAAAUCUAGCAAGAAGAAUGUGCUGGAGUUGAAAACGCGGCAUGGGUCCGAGUAUCUCAUACAGUACGACACAGAGAGCAUCAUCCAAGACUGGCACAAAGUGAUCAUGGACACCAUUCGGCAGCUGGACCACGGACACCACUCGGAGGAGGAGGAUGGUGACUUUGGGGGCAGCGAGAAGUCGCCCGGACCUACGGACAGGGACGAGAAGGACAAGAAGAGAGCCGCCACGAAGCCGGCCGCUCCCAGCUCCGCCGGCGACGCGGAGCAGAAGAAAGUGCGCACCAAGCUGAAGAAAUUCCUGCAGAAGAGGCCGACGCUGCAGUCCGUGAAGGAGAGGGGCUACAUCCGAGAUCAAGUGUUUGGCUGUCGGCUGGACGCGCUGUGCGAGAGGGAGAAUGUGACGAUCCCCACCUUCGUGGAGAAGUGCAUCCAGGCCGUGGAAAAACGAGGUCUGGAAAUUGAUGGAAUUUACCGAGUGAGUGGAAACCUGGCUGUCAUCCAGAAACUGCGCAUCAAAGUGGAUCAGGAGGAGAGCCUGAACCUGGAGGACGGGCAGUGGGAGGACAUCCACGUCAUCACCGGGGCCCUGAAGCUCUUCUUCCGGGAACUGCCCGAGCCCCUCUUCCCUUUCAGCCACUUCAACAACUUCAUCGCUGCCAUCAAUAUUGGCGAUAACAGCCAGAAGGUGACUUACAUGAGGGACCUGGUGAGGUCUCUCCCGCAGCCCAAUCAAGACACCAUGCAGGAGCUCUUCCGCCACCUGCGCAGGGUGAUAGAAAGAAGAGAGGACAACCGGAUGUCUGUGCAGAGCAUAGCGAUAGUCUUCGGCCCCACGCUCCUCAGACCGGAGACCGAGUCGGCCAACAUCACCAUGUACAUGGUCUUCCAGAACCAGAUUGUGGAGUACAUCCUCAACGAGUACGACAGGAUCUUCUACCCCAGCUGAGAGUCUCCUGCACAGGCUGCUGGAAGCCACAAAUUCUCUUAGGAUGCUGUAGGCGCAGGUACGCCAGACUUCCUGGGGGUUUCUCUCACGUUUCCUGCAUCUCCUUUCCCUCCAUGCCAUGACGGAGACGAUCAUCACGGGGCAGGAUUAGCAGAGGAUUCAAACAAGGAGCUUUGAAGUCUAAAACUGAACUGGGGGCUGUCCCUAGAGACAGACAUCACUGGGACAAGUCAUCAGCCAAUGUUGUGGACACCUCCAUUCGAAGAUCCAAAACUCCAUUUUCUUUAAGUUCCAGGCACGAUGGAAUGAGAGGCUGUUGGAUGUGGAUGACUUUGUUUUUGGUUUUUUUGGCAUGUGCUUAUAUGUGGCCAAAGAACUGUUGCACAAAAAAUUACAUCUGAAAAUUUGCAAGUUGCAGUUUUGUAGUCAUGAGAUGGGUUCUUUUUAAUGCCACUUGUUGCUGCACAGUGAAAAUUCUGUUUUUGAUCAACAUAGAAUAGAAAAUUCUGUUCGUCCAUGAUGCCCUUGAACAAGCUGAAACCCAUGGCCCCUGUCCAUCGUUUUCAUGUCUUUCAGCAUAUGUCACCUCUCAUUGACAAUCUGUGUGUGCCUUCUGAAGCUUUUCCCCCCAAAGAAUCAUCCCUGAGCUUGAUCAGUUCUGGGCUGCAUUGACCCACAAGGCAUUGUGAUGAGCAAUACAGGCUUCCUGAACAGUAUGGCCCUAGUUGUGUGCAAGAAUUGCUCAGAACCUAUAGGCACAGCCCAUGCUAUGUGAUGAUGACGCCUUUAAAAGGUUCCUGUGUUAUAAAGCCCAGCUGCUCUGUUCCGAUAAGAGAAUUGCAAACAAAAAAAGCUACUGUCAUUGUCUUGAGACAAAUGUUUCUAUUACGAAUUGUACAAAAAUAUAAAGGCGAAUAAGAUUAUAUAGUUACUUUUGUAUUUGGCAGAUGCAAUAUUUUUUAGAUUUGUAUAACUUUGUCCCUGUAAAAUAUUGGUCAGUACUUUGAAAUACAUCUAUAUUAAGAAAGGUAGGGUAGCUGUACAGUAUAUUUCAGUUAGCAUUAAAUUUAUGGAAUUAUGAAAGUGUCUUGAUUUCACCCGUGUAUAAAGAAGAGUGGAUUUACCCCCAGAUUGACUUGGAAUAUACAUUUUUUUUCUUUUAAUUAAAUAAUUUAAUUUGGA